AGGACACACGCAUCCCACGGCAGGCGUGUGUCUCUGUGGGGAUCCCCAAGCCAGACCAGAGAUGGGCAAUGUGAGCGGUCGAGCGGAAGACCUCGUGGACGCCGACAUUGAUGACGGCAACAACAUGCGACGUGCCUCUUCCUCCUCUGCGGGCUACGUCCGGGGCGGUGGGUCAUCAUCAUCCCCGCCGGCGAGCCCGCCGAGGCCGCAUUCACCGCGGAUGUUCGUGCCCCAGAGUCCUGUAACUCCAUUGCAAAGAGCUACAGAAGUGUCUCCUCCGGUGUUCAACCAGAUAUUGAUGAAUCAACAGCAGGAGGAUUCUGAUGGCCCGCCUCAAAAGAAAAUUCCCACGUUGCUCACGUGCACUCUUGGAGGGAGGAAUAUCUACGUAGAAGGAUCAUGGGACAACUGGACAUCAAAGAAACUAGUUGAGAAAUCCGGAAAAGAUCACACCAUUCUAUUGAUGCUUUCAUCUGGAGUUCACCGUUAUAGAUUCAUUGUAGAUGGAGAAAGAAGAUUUAUACCUGACCUUCCCUGCGAAACUGAUAAUGUGGGUCAGAUUUUGAACCUAGUAGAUGUCCAUGACUUCGUUCCUGACAGCGUGGAAAGUGUAUCUGAGCUCAUGGCCCCUCCCUCCCCGGACUCCAGCUACGGUUUCCAUGUUCCCGGCGAAAAGGAGUUCUCCAAGGAGCCUCCUCAGCUGCCGGCCCAGCUCUACCUCGGCGUGCUGAAUUCUCGGAGCACUGAAGAAGGCUGCGCGAGGCCGAGGCACGUCGUCCUAGACCAUCUCUACAUCGAGAAGGGCUGGGGCGCACAUCCGUUGGUGGCCCUCAGCUACACCCACAGGUUCCGCUCCAAGUACGUGACCUGCGUCCUGUACAAGGCCAUCGAGCGGUAGCCUGACCAUUGCUGUGUUGUGGGCCGGCAACUAUAGCUAGAUGUGGUGGACUUAGCAUUUCAUUCAGGUUUAGAAGUCUCUCCUGCAUAAUUCGUUCAUCUGCUAAACUAAAGAGGUGGGUGCAAAUCCAUGUGAAUCUUGUUUUUUAGCUGCUAGAGCUUACAUAUUGUUAUUAUUAUUCGAUUGUUUUCUUGGGAGAUAAUUGUAAACUAGUGACUAACGUGCGCCUAGCGCGCGUAGUUUGCAUGAUUUUGUCAAAGUUGUGCGUAUAAAAUAAGAGAGUAUUAUAUAUAAGGAUAUUUUUGGCA